GACACGACUAAACAACAACAAAUACAUGAGGAAAGCAAAUUCUAUUUUACACAAAUGAAAACGCAAGUCGAGCUCUUCUUCAGGCCUGUGCUCAGCUAACUCAGCUAAAAUAUGGUGGGCUGUCAUAAAACAGGUACAUGUGAUCGCUCCUUUGCUAUGCAAGAUAAAAGUAGAGUUGGAAGGGACCUCCAAGGGUCAUCUAGCCCAACCCCCUGCAAUGAGGGUCAUAUUAUGACACUUUUCCUGCUUGGGAGACUGCUGGCUACCGCUUUUUGAUUUAUGUUUUUUCCUCCUGCGUGUUGUUUAAAAAAACUCCCUAAGAGCGUGUUAAAAGCUCGUCUUUCUUUGUGCGUGAAUGUGCGCACGCACCUUAAGUCCUGCGAAGGGUUAAUGCACAGAGCUCUGCUUCCUAGAGGGGCAGGAAGUUGGCCUCGGAAGGAAGGGGCGGGGCUUCACCCUUAUUGCUUCCUCCGGGUUCCGGACGGCGGAAGGGAGCUGCUGGAUCGGGCGCUACAGGUGAGAAGAGGUGUCAGGUAGGAUGGAGGGAGGGAAGGGGAGGAUUUGGAGCCGGGGGCGGGGAGCUGCAAGGAGGAGAAGGGACCCCACCCCACUUCCUUCCCAUUCCUCCUCGGAUCCUUCCUAAGGGGGACUGGCCCAGUUGGGAAGUCAGAAAUCGCUCCCAAUUUGGGGGAUGCUCUGAGUUGGGCAGGGACGGAACUCUUUUCGGAGCGAGGAGCGGAGACGAGGUUGGAGGAGGACUGAGAUGGCCAGACUGACCUUAGACAGUGCAGUCUUUCCCCCCAAAACUUGGGUCUCCAGCUGUUUCUUGGGUCUCCAGCUGUUUCUGGACUACAACUCCCAACAUCCCUAGCUAGUAGGACCGGUGGCCAGGGAUGAUGGGAAUUGUAGUCCAUAAACAGCUGGAGACCCAGGCUUGGGAAUCACUCAUCUACGUAUGCAUGAUCUGUGAAUGACAAUAGUAGUAGUCUAUGAUCUGUGAAUGACAAGUACUACCAGUAGGAGUAGUAGUAAAUAUAAUAUUUAAAUAUUUAUUUAAUAUUUAAUAUAAAUAUUUAAAUAAAAUUUAAAUAUUGAGAGAGAGAGAAAAAAAACAGCUCCUAUCUGUGGGCUGUUAGGCUGCUGAAUGAAAAGAUAACAACAGGGCAACUGACUUUAGGGUUUGGUGGGUGUGCGUCAGUAAACGAGGGGAAUUAAGACUAAGAGAGCUGAGUGGCUGGUGCUCGUGUAAUCUCACUGUAUACAAGUUGUACAAGUGACAAUAAAGUAUUUCAUAUAUAUGAUCUGUGAAUGACUGUAGUAGUAGUAUAUGAUCUGUGAAUGACAAGUCCUACCAGUAAUAGUAGUAGUAAUAAUAAUAAUAAUAAUUUAUUAUUUAUACGCUGCCCAUCUGGCUGGGUUUCCUCAGCCACUCUGGGCGGCUCCCAACAGAAUAUUAAAAACACAAUAAAACAUGAAAAACUUCCCUAAACAGGGCUGCCUUCAGAUGUCUUCUAUAAGUCAGGUGGUUGUUUAUUUCCUUGACAUCUGAUGGGAGGGCAUUCCACAAGGUGGGCACCACCACCAAGAAGGCCCUCUGCCUGGUUCCCUGUAACUUCACUUCUCGCAGUGAGGGAACCGCCAGAAGGCCCUCGGAACUGGACCUCAGUGAGCUCAGUUGUCUGUUUUCAUUUGCUUGUGCGUUUGUUUACUGUAUUAUAGCAGACGCUGCAGAUGGCUGACGUCCCUCCGAUCUCCUGUUUCUCCCCUGCAGGCACUGGGGUGACCCCGCUUGACGGCUGCAACAUGCUUUAAAGUGCAUUGGGGGAGCAGCUGUGACUGCCGCGGGGGUGGCCCCGUUCAUUCUUCACGCCCUGAAGGCAGGGCUAUGGCCUCAGGUUCACAGCCGGGUCUGUCUCUUCCUUGGGGUGAAGUUGAAAGAGCUUCCUGGCAGCCACCUCAGGUAAGGGGAGGAGAAUCCAAGAGAGUGAUGCGAGUUUCCUGGGUGCCUCUCUGUGUGUGGAGAUGCAAAGGAGACUGAAAAAAUAUGCCUCUUUUUUUCCUUUCCCUUCCCUUCCUUCCUUCCUUCCUUCCCUCCCUUCCCUUUCCCUUUCCUUUUUUUUACUUUUGGCCCAGCAAAAGUGGCCGUGAUGAGAACUGAUAGAUAAAUGAAAGCACACAUGCAUCUAUCACGACUCCUUACACGCUUGGGAAAUGGUGGAAUGAAUUCUACUCCUUUGUCCAGGGCCUGGUGACCUUUGAGGACGUAACUGUGUUUUUUGAGGCAGAGGAAUGGGCUCUUCUGGAUCCGCGCCAAAAAGCUUUGCAUAGGGAAGUCAUGGAAGAGAAUUACGAGACUGUGGCCUCUCUAGGUAAGGCUGCUUAGUUUUUCAUUCAAUAAUAGAUGUCUGAGGAAUGAAUUUAGUAGCCCCGCUCCAUACGUCCUUGUAAUUGAGCCUUUUCUGAUGUUAUUGAGCAGUUAAACACAAUUGCACUUUCUAUUCCAUUUGCUGCUUCAAAGGUUGGAGCCCGUAUACUGCUCCGGAUUUAGUGAAUGCAUGUCCACUAGUAAAGGUAAAGGGACCCCUGACCAUUAGGUCCAGUCAUGGCCAACUCUGGGGUUGCAGCGCUCAUCUCGCUUUAUUGGCCGAGGGAGCCGGCAUACAUCUUCCAAGUCAUGUGGCCAGCAUGACUAAGCCGCUUCUGGCGAACCAGACCAGCGCACGGAAACGCCGUUUACCUUCCUUCUGGAGUGGUACCUAUUUAUCUACUUGCACUUUGACAUGCUUUUGAACUGCUAGGUGGGCAGGAGCAGGGACUGAGCAACGGGAACUCACCCCGUCGCGGAGAUUCGAACCGCCAACCUUCUGAUCAGCAAGUCCUAGGCUCUGUGGUUUAACCCACAGCGCCACCCACGUCCCACAUAUCCCCUAGCUUCCUGUUAAAAUCCUGCAGUUUUUUAUUCUGCAAAUGUUCUGGGCUUUUUGCUUACUCUCACUUUUGUUGUGCUGUAGGUGUAAAAGCAUCUAAGCAAAUGGACCCACUUCAUUAACUAGCAGGGAGUUUGAGCUUUUGGGCCACUCCGGCAGACUUCUGUGGAUGCCACAUGACAAAUUUCUUCAUUUUCCACACGGAAUCCAACAUCCCUGUGGUUUUUGUCCUGCAAAUCAGCAAGCACAGCAUGAGCACAACAACUUAAACACUCAGCAGUUGUUUUAGCAGUUUUUAAUUUGUGUGGGUUUCGUUUGUUUUCAUUGAGGGAGGGGAGAUGUGGCUGGGAUAAUAAUAAUAAUUUUAUUAUUUGUACCCUGACCCUGACUGGAUUGCUCCCACCACUCUGGGCUGCUUCCAGCAUAUACAGAAACAUAAUAAAACAUUGAAAACUUCCCAAUACAGGGUGGCCUUCAGAUGUUUUCUAAAAGUUGUAUAGUUCUUUAUCUCAGCAUCUGAUGGGGGGGCGUGUUCCACACUGCGGGUGUGACUACCAAAACGACCCUCUGCCUGGUUCCCUGCAACCUCACUUUUCGCAGUGAGGGAACUGCCAGAAGGCCCUCAGUGCUCCAUCUCAGUGUCUGGGCUGAAUGAUGGGGGUGGAGAUGCUCCUUCAAGGAUAUAGGGGCGCAAAGGUACAAUGCUGACCCUUAGAGCAUACUCCUGUUCGUUCCUUUGCAAGCACAGCUCAUGUUCACUGUAUUUUUAAAAUGUGGAAAUAGCUAAAACAGCUGUGGAACUUCUCCAACUCUCCCUUGGAAAUGGAAGCAUUUUGCACUUCAGCAUGUUUCAGCAAAGACAUCCUUUUUUGAACCUGGGGAGAGCAGUGGUUCAGGGUAGGGGGAGGUAUGAUGUGGGAGGCAGGGCAAGCUGGGAAAGGGGCAUACGGCACAGACAGUGACUGUAUGGUGUGCCAGCAAAACAUGGGGUGUUUCGAUUGUCUUGUCAGCCAGCCCUCAGGUCUGUGGCUCCUGUUGCUGAAUACCAGGUCGGUUCUGAAUAUGACCUCCUUCAUCCCUGAUCUGAUUGUGGAUGAGGAGGCCGAUCUGGUCUACAUCACGGAGACCUGAGUGGGUGAGCACGGUGUCCACUUAUUGCGGCAUCCGGGCAGACAUGAGGGUUGGGUAGGGGUAGGUGCUGUGGCCUAUAGAAAUUCCAUCUCACUCUCCAGGCUCUCUGUCCAGUUGGCUGGCUUUGGAAUAGCUGGAUAUUUUGUGGUGAGUAAGUAGAAUCGGACGUAAUUGGUCCUGUGUGUUUCCUUCAAAGUAUCAGACCUCAAUUCCUGUUGGGAAGAAGGAGAAGAUCCACUUAUCCGGCAUCCUAGAGAAGAGGAGAUAUCAAUCGGUAAGUGCUUAGCUGUCAAGAGCCAGUGUGGUGUAGUGGUUAAGAGCGGUAGACUCGUAAUCUGGGGAACCGGGUUCGUGUCUCCGCUCCUCCACAUGCAGCUGCUGGGUGACCUUGGGCCAGUCACACUUCUCUGAAGACUCAGCCUCACUCACCUCACAGAGUGUUUGUUUUGGGGGAGGAGGGGAAAGGAGAAUGUUAGCUGCUUUGAGACUCCUUUGGGUAGUGAUAAAGCGGGAUAUCAAAUCCAAACUCCUCCACUUCUUCUUCUUCUUCUUCUGGGGCUCCUUUUGGGCUCUGUAUUGAAAGACUUUUGUUCAGUGACUUUCAAAGAAGGUUAAGUAAAUUCAGGGAAAGUAAAGCUGUCCAUGGCUUUUAGCCAAGACAGCUAUACAGUGGUACCUCGGGAUACAUACGUUUCAGGUUACAUACACUUCAGGUUACAGACUCUGCUAACCCAGAAAUAGUGCUUCAGGUUAAGAACUUUGCUUCAGGAUGAGAACAGAAACCAUGCUCCGGCGGCGCGGCAGCAGCGGGAGGCCCCAUUAGCUAAAGUGGAGCUUCAGGUUAAGAACAGUUUCAGGUUAAGAACGGACCUCAGGAACGAAUUAAGUUCUUAAUCUAAGGUACCACUGUAUAUCAGACAUCUCUGAAUUUUAUGUCCUAGUGGGAUCCCCAUAAGGAUCAAGUUGGCCUAUGUGGGGAUACGGGACAAGACAAGCCUUUUGGCUUCAUCCAGCAAAGUUCCACUUAUACAGAGAAAAGAUGGCCUCCUGGUUGAGGUUUCGCUUCCACCUUCCCUCGCAUUAAAACAGUUGCUUUGGCUUCUAGAAUGCCGCUCAGCUGAGCUAAAUGGGCAGUGAGUGGCGGCUCCCAAGCACCAGUUUGAUUCCUCUGGGUCCGCCCAACCAUGUUCUGACUGAUCUUCUUGGUUUUGGGAAGGGGAACAUAGCAGUUAGCAAACUUGGAACGGCUCCGUCUUUUGUACUCAGAAGUAACUAGCCUGUUUCUGUUUCUAUGGCAGACGUUCUGAAACCAGACCUCGUCUCUAUGCCCGGAGAAAACCCAACAGGACAGGCCUCCGAGGAAGGGAAGAAAUUGGCAGGUACUGAUAUUAACAAUUUCAAUGAAAGAGAUUAUAAUGAGAACAAAACUAUGGUGCAAUAUCUAUGCUAUUUAGGCUAAAAUCAAAGUUUGCCAGUGAAAUACACCCCAUCUCUCUGUGUUAAAUAAAGCUGUGCACCAGAUCCAGCCCAAACGCUGAUCCUGAAUGAAAUUGCAUCAAUUCGGGGAAAUCUGGGCUUGAACCAGAUUGGCUGGAGACAGGCAGAGAUUGUUCUGAAUCACUUUGGCCCACCUGAGAGAUCUGGUACUGAUAAAUGGCAAGACAGUUAGGUGACAGGACACAGUAGAUGCAACAGAGAAUGAAAGACAUGAAGUCUUAGUAGAAAAUAAAUCCUCUUAAUUCUCUCGGAAUUCCUUUGCAGUAAACAUAUAUCUUCUUCUUCUUUGGCAAUCACUUGUAGCCGAGUAAGAUUGUCUUCCAUAAACACAGUUUUAACAGUGAGUCCAUAAGUGACCGUGGAGGCCAGUUCUGGAUCUACAUGUCCUUCCACAUGUGGGGACAUAGGUUUCCGGGCAGGAAUUGAUCAUGGUGAGGGUUUGCCAAAUGUGCCUUCCUCUUAGCACCUUUCUCCCUUUCGUCCUGAGUUUGUUGCUUCUUCAGAGCCCAUGACACCUUUGGCAAAGGCUGUUCUCCAACUGGAGCGCACGCAGGCCAGUGUUUCCCAGUUGUCAGUGUUUAUCCUACUUUUUUUUAGAUUUGCCCUGAGAGAAUCUUUAAAACACUUUUGUUGACCACCAGCAUUACACUUUCCAUUUUUAAGUUCGAAAUAGAGUAGUUGCUUUGGAAGACGAUAAUCAGGCAUCCACACAACAUGACCAGUUCAACAAAGUUGAUGUUGAAGAAUCAUCACUUCGACACUGGUAAUCUUUGCUUCUUCCAGUACACUGGCAUUAGUUCGCCUGUCUUCCCAAGUGAUGUGUAAAAAUGUUUGGAGACAUCGUUGAUGGAAUCUUUUGAAGAGUUGGAGAUGGCGUUUAUAAGUGGUCCAUGUUUCACAAGCUUACUGGCAAACAACGGCAGAUCUCUCCACAUGUGCAAACAAAUCCUUCUGCAGAAGCAGUUCCCAUUGGGUCACAAACAGCUUUAAAGAGCAGUGCUGGUUGGGAGAAGCCUCUUCUCUGCUCAAGGAAGGUGCGCUGCUUCUACCCAUCAAUUGAUAGGUAGCUGUGAGUGUAACUUGCUCUAGCAGAGAAAGAAUCAGAAGUUUGCUUUAAGCUCACAGUAUCACCCUUACCUGCCCCACACAUGUUCUCAUGUAUGAUGUCAGGUGCAGGGUGACUGGGGAAGAGGUCCUUAAACUGAUCUGCUGGACCAAAAGGGGCCAAGUUUGGUCUGUGGGCUGGAGGUUCCCCAUCCCUGUCUUGCACUAUAGGGUGUUCAGAAGUUAGGUAAUUGGGUUCCGGCACUCAUCUCGCUUUAUUGGCCGAGGGAGCCGGCGUACAGCUUCCGGGUCAUAUGGCCAGCAUGGCUAAGCCGCUUCUGGCAAACCAGAGCAGCGCACGGAAAUGCCAUUUACCUUCCCGCUGGAGUGGUACCUAUUUAUCUACUUGCACUUUGACAUGCUUUCGAACUGCUAGGUUGGCAGGAGCAGGGACCGAGCAACGGGAGCUCACCCCAUCGUGGGGAUUCGAACCGCCGACCUUCUGAUCGACAAGUCCUAGGCUCUGUGGUUUAACCCACAGCGCCACCCGCGUCCCUUGGUUCAGAAGAUAACCACAUUUAAAUUUGGCAUAUAGUGGGGAAAUGGUCUGUGAUUAGAUUCUUUGUUUUUCUCUUGAGAUUCAAACAUGCUUCUUCUGUCUCCCCACCAUCAGAUGAUGUGCGGAAUAAUGGGAAUUCUAGGGAGCGAUGGUCGCCAGAGAUCAUCAAGAGCGAAGUGACAGAAGAGAUGACGGAAGAGACGCAGAACAAUGGGAGUUACAGGCAGCAAUGGAUUUUGCCAUCGGGGAUCGUCAAAACUGAAGGCGCAGAAGAGAUGCAGAAUAAUGAGAAUUAUAAACAGCAAUGGAUUUUGCCAUCGGGGAUUGUCAAAACUGAAGCAACGGAAGAGAUGACGGAAGAGAUGCGGCACAAUGGGAAUUAUUGGGGGCAAUGGACUUUGUCAUCCGAGAUCGUCAAGAGCGAAGCAAUAGAAGAGAUGACUGAGAAUCUGAUGGGAAUAGAAUGGCAAGAACAAAAUAAUUCCAAGUGUGGGAAGAUGAAAGCGUUUGAUGCUCAGAAUCCUAACAUCCAACCGACUCCAGUAUGUGUGAUAGUGUUUACAUAUAAAUUAGAAUUAAAAAGGAAUUGCAAAAUGCAGAGGGGAGGAACCUUGAAUGCAGGGAGUGUGGAAAGAGCUUCAGACAGAAUAACCACCUUAAUUAAUCAUCAAAGAACCCACACCAGAGAGAAGCCGUUUAAAUGCACUGAGUGUGGAAUGAGCUUCAGCCUUUGCACACACUCUGCAUAUAAAGGGAGUAGAAAUAAAUGGAGGGACCGGAGUAUUUUCGCAUUGAAUGAGUUUACGAGUUCUGUUGUUUGGAAGGUGAAUCAAUCAGCGUAGAGAAAAACGUAAGCAGUGAGUUUUGAUGGAAACAGUCUCAAUGUAUGCAGGAUGACCGAUGGCCAUUCAUAGCUGCCGUAAUUGAUGACAAUGCAAACUUUAAUAGCUGUAUUGGAAUGAAAAAACAUUCCCACAAUUCAAGCUAGAUAGCAAGUGACCUCCUCUGUGAAUUCUUAUCAGGGUCAGACCCAGGCAUUCUGCACCUGGGCCAGCCAGUCGGAAUAGGACUUCGGACAGGUAGUGUAGCAAGAUAGGGAAAUGUCUGGAGAGCUCAGGUGGAACAUGGGCAAACAUGCAUUGCACAAUUUCUAGUAAUUGUCUGCAGCCUAAUUUGGACGGAAGGCAAGCUUAGGGGAGACGAACAUGAAUGAAGUCUUAUUGAGAAGUUUGGGGCACUUAAGUUUGUGAAUGAAUGGGUUCCUCCAGUGAUUUGAGGAGAGCAGGUUUUAAGGUGUGAAGGCAUGCAAAGGUAUGGGAGAUACCAUAAAACCUAGCUGACCUUGCAGGCGGGAAAGCAAAUACUGUAUUGUCUUUUCGCUUUUGCAAGCUCACUUUUGGGUGAAGACCAGGGUGGAUUUUAUUUAAAUCAAAUUGAAUCAAUUUAAAUCACUAGUCAGUAAAAUUUCAUUUAAAUCGUUUUUUUACAGACUGUCUCCUUGCUGAUAUCAUCUUAAUAUUGACAACCAGAGGAAGGUUUCAUUUUUGGAAUAAUAAAUUUUCAUAGUUUUUUUACAGUUAUAUCAAAAAUUACUGAUUUGGUUAUACUAUUAGAAAUACAUAGAUAAUUAUGAAAUCAUGAUGAGGUUUAAUAAGUUAACUGUUUAUAUUUGGGCAAUGCCAGAUUUGUUAGGAAAACCCAGCAAUAAGGGAAAAGAGUCUAGCUGCUCUAAUACUUGUAUUAUUAAAUCUCAGAGGAAAAAAGUGAGGCCAUCAACUUUUUCGAAGUGGAAGCUAGAAAAUCCGUGGCUGGAAAUGUUUGCUGAUGUUAUGAUCUGCCUCGUCUGCAAAGAAUUUGCACGGGCCGAGGAUACGAGUUUCGUGAAAGGCUGCGCAACAUUCAAGAUUGAAACAGUGAGUUUAUAUUUAUAUUUUGCAGAUACAAUUUGCCAAAUUUGUUAAAUGUGACAGUUGUUUGGUUUUUUUAGUUAAAUGGUCUGGGGAAACCAGCCAUUAACAGCGACAGAUUUUAAUAGGGCAUCAUGAGAAGCAGCUGCCAAUUUUCCCUUGUUAUUAUUAGGCUGCAAGUUACUUUUGCAGCUGAAACAAGACACAGAUAUAAACAUCUCCUAGCUUUCAUAUAACUUGUUUUGCUGCUCUGAGUAGGGUUGCCACUGCUGCAACAAAAAUGAUGGAAACCUAUAAAGAAUUCUAGCCCGUGGUGGGUGCUUCAUCUGCACAGCUCCUCUGUUUUGUUGUUGUUUGUUUUUUCCUGUGUGACAUCAUCUUUGCCAGACUCCGUGCCUUCAGGCAAACAGCCUCCUGCUUAUUCGAUGCACACCUCGGAAAUGAUCUCUUUCAGCUUUUGCCUUCUGGAAGCAGGACUAGCCGCCUGAGAAAGAGUUUCUAUCCAAAUGCAAUUUUGGUUUUAAACGCAGUGUAAGGAGUCUCUAUGGGAGUAUAUUGUUUUAAAAAUGGGGUAUCAGAGUUUUUAGGGGGCUAACCAGGUUGGGAUGGCUGGGAUAGCAGGCUUGUUGGGUUUUGAAUGUCUUAUGUAGAUUUUUCCAUUUCAUUGUUCUGUAUGGGACAAUGACAAUAGAGAUUAUUGUAUCGUAUAGUAUGAAACAAAACAGAUGAAUGGCAUUGGGUGUUUUUGUUCAUUAGUUCUUUGUCCUUAUAAUCAUGUCUGUUCUGGUUUUUAAAACGGCAAAACGUUCCAGUCUGCAAUUAAAUAAUGCCCUAAAUUAUUCCUUGAGCUCAGAGCUGGCAGAGGAGGAACUGGCUAUCAUGCCACAACCAGGCCCCUGUGGACCCCAAGGCUGGUUGCCUGAAUCCUGCAGAAUCACAAAUGCUGUAGAUCGAGCCUUGCUUGCUGUUGGAAUCGAGUGCUUGUACUACCAUUCCUUCCACUACCAUGAGCAGAAAUAGGCUGCAGAAAGGCAAUAUUUUCCCCCCAGAUAUAUUUUAUUAAAUUUCCAGAAAUAGCACAUAUGCAGUCCAAUACAUAAUAGAUUUUUCUUUUGUUUUGUCGACUUCCCAUCCCGUUUUCCGUGGUGUACAGUGGUGCCCCGCAAGACGAAUGCCUCGCAAGACGAAAAACUCGCUAGACGAAAGAGUUUUCCGUUUUUUGAGUCGUUCCGCAAGACGAAUUUCCCUAUGGGCUUGCUUCGCAAGACGUUUCGUCUUGCGAGUUCUUGCGAGUUUGUUUCCUUUUUCUUAAAGCCGCUAAGCCGUUAAUAGCCGCUAAGCCGUUAAUAGCCGCUAAUAGCCGCUAAGCCGCUAAUAGCCGUGCUUCGCAAGACGAAAAAACCGCAAGACGAAGAGACUCGCGGAACGGAUUAAUUUCGUCUUGCGAGGCACCACUGUAUUUAUUUCUCCCCUUGCUGAACUUUGUCUUCUUUCUCCUAUACUAAGGAUGCAGGUGGCACUGUGGUCUAAACCACUGAGCCCCUUGGGCUUGCCCAUCGGAAGGUCGGCUGUUCGAAUCCCUGUGACAGGGUGAGCUCCCAUUGUUCUGUCCCAGCUUCUGUCAACCUAGCAGUUCGAAAACAUGCCAGUGCAAGCAGAUAAAUAGAUACCGCUGUGGCAGGAAGGUAAACAGCAUUUCCAUGCGCUCUGGUUUCCGUCACGGUGUUCCACUGUGCCAGAAACGGUUUAGUCAUGCUGGCCACAUGACCCAGAAAUCUGUCUGUGGACAAACGCUGGCUCCCUUGGCCUGAAAGAUGAGUGCCACACCCCAUAGUCACCUUUGACUGGACUACCACUACCAAUAAUAAUUUACUUAUUUAUUUAUACCCCGCCCAUCUGGCUGGGUUUCCCCAACCACUCUGGGCGGUUCCCAACAGAAUAUUAAAAGCACGAUAAAACAUUAAACAUUAAAAACUUCCCUAAACAGAUGUCUUCUAAAAGUCAGAUAUUUGUUUAUUACUUAACUGCCCAGGGGUCCUUUACCUUUUACCUACAAUAAUCUCUCAUUCCUUCUGUUGCUCAUAGUUCAAAUAUUAUACUAUAAUAUUACUUUAAAUAGUCCGAAAAAGGCUUCUAUUCUUCCAUAAAACAACCAUCAUUAAGUUGUCUUAUUUUAGCUGUUAACUUUGCCAGUUCAGCAUCGUCCAUCAGUUUGCUUUUCCAUUCUUCUUUGGUGGGAAUUUCUUCCUCUCAUUUUUGUGCAGAAAAUAUCCCGGCUGCUGUCAUUCCAUACAUAAAUAAAUGCUCUUCAGCACUGAUUCUGGAUUGUUUUAUUCGAUGUUUUAAUGUGCUGCAAACUGCUUUGAUUUUUUUUAAUAUAUGAAAGCGGUAUAAUAAUAAUAAUAAUAAUAAUAAUAAUAAUGUGAUGCAGCAGCAAAAAAAGCUAAUGCUCUUGUAGGCUGCAUCAAUAGAAGUCUAGUGUCCAGAUCAAGGGAAGUAAUAGUACGACUAUUGUGCCUUAUUUAUUAAUUUUAUUUAUUGAAUUUAUAUAUCUCCCUAUACCUGGUGGUCUCAGACAACUCUUGGAAUACUGCGCCCAGUUCUGGGUGCUACAAUUUAAGAAGGAUGUUGACAAGCUGGAACGUGUGCAGAAGAGGUUCAACUAGGAUGAUUAAGGGUCUGGAUACCAAGCCGUAUGAGGAACAGUUGAAGGAGCUGGGUAUGUUUAGCCUGGAAAAGUGGGGACUGAAAGGAGAUAUGAUAGUCAUCUUCAAAUAUCUGAAGGGCUGCCCCAUGGAGGAGGGAGCAUGCUUGUUUUCUCCUGCUCUGGAGGGUAGGACUCGAAUCAACGUCUUCAAGUUGCAAGAAAUGAGAUCCCAACUAAACAUUUACAGUAAGAGCUGUUCAGUUAUGGAACAAACUUCCACAAGAUGUGGUAGACUCUACUUCCUUGGAGGUUUUUAAGCAGAGGUUGAAUGGCCAUCUGCCAUGGAUGUUUUAGUUGAGAUUCCUGCAUCGCAGGGGGUUGGACUAGAUGACCGCUGGGUCCCUUCCAACUCUUAAGAUUCUGUGAUUCUAUAAUAACAAAUUUUAUUUUUGUUACCUUUUCAGAUAAAAAAACACGGUGCAUCUGCUACUCACCAAAAAGCUUGCCGUGCUCAAUUAGCCAGGUUGAAUCCAAUGUCCGCACCUCUGUCAGUCCCGACGGUGCAGGAAUUAAGAACGAUGGACAGCAAUUUGCACAGUAACUUGGAGAAGCUGUUCAAUACGGCAUACUUCAUCGUCAAGGAGAACUAUUCGUUUGACGACUUCCCGGCGUUAUGUGCACUGCAGAAGAAAAACGGCUUGAUAGUGGGCGAGACGUACAGGAACGACAAAGCGGCCAAGCAGUUUGCUCAUUACAUUGCGGAAAGCCUUCGGCUGGAGCUCAAGUACAAACUGAGCAAAGCAAAUUUCUUUGGGAUUUUGGCCGACGGCUCGACUGAUAGAUCGAACGCGGCUUCCGAAAUUGUUUACUUUUAUUAUAUAAAUGAAGCGGAAGUGAAAUGUAGUUACGGAGCCCUUAAGGAAUGUCCUAGUGAGGAUGCAGGGGAAGUGAAGUCGACCAUCGAGUCGGUUCUCGACGGAUACAUACCCGAUUGGAAAAGCAAGCUGACGGCCAUAAGUUUCAACGGGGCUAGCGUUGAUACGGGCAACGCGUCUGGGGUUGCAAAAUUGUUCCAGGACAGCUGUCCAGGUCUGGUGGCUGUGCACUGCGUCGCUCACCAACUGGAGCUUGCGAUAGGGGAUGCCUUAAAGUCCGUCAAAUUCGCCGGGCUUGCCGAAGACGUCGUAAAGGGUAUAUACACGUUUUACCACAGUAGUCCUAAAAGGGCAAAGGAGUUGAAAGAGAUCGGCGAAGUCCUGAACGAGAAAGUGCUUCGCCACAUGGGUAUCACCGGAAUCAGGUGGCUGCAGUCGAAGAACUCUGCCGUGAAAGCCCUGGCCAACAAUCUGCCCAUAGUUGUGGUGCACUUGCAGCAGAUUGUGAGUGGCUCCAGCACAAAGCCAGAUAGGAAGGUGGAGGCCAAGCUGAAGGGGUACUUGAAGCGUUUGAAGUCAGAGCGGUUUGUCAGGUUUUUGUUUUUCAUGGACGACGUUACGCACACACUUACGAGGCUAUCCGAGGUGUUUCGGAGGAAGUGUGUGUCCGUCAGCGAUGUGAAAACCAGCUUGACGGCAACGAAAGAGAGGUUGCAGAGGAUGGUGAAAGACAGCGGGCCUCAGCUGCAAAAGUUUGAAAGUGCCGCACAGCUGGAAGGCGGCGUGUUAGUGUACAAAGACGUGGAAAUUGUUAGUAGCGCAAGCGAAGUAGGCUGCUUUGAGGAAGAUCGGCGGGUCUUGCUGAGUUCAAUCGUGGAAGCGAUCGACAAAUGGUUUGACCGCAUCGGAAACGACAGAGUUCUGCGAAACGUGGAGAUAUUUGACCCGUGCAACAUACCCAAACCGGUCGGUGGAAGGGACACGUCCGCAAGUAGCCACGGAGAAAAAGAACUGAGUGAACUAUUGCAAGCCUUGCCCAGCAACGUGAGAGUCGACAAGGAAGCCAUCUUGGAGGAGUAUCAAGAGUUCAAAGUGUGGGCUGGCAACAAAACAAGCAUCACAUGUGAAGAAGCUUGGCAGCGCCUUCAAGCAGAGACAACGGCUUCUGCUUCAUAUAUUAAUAUAUGCAAAGUUUUGAACUUUUUGCGGGUCCUCCCGCUUAGCACUGCCGAAUGCGAGAGGGGGGUUAGCCAACUAAACCUGGUUAAAACGGACAGUCGGAAACGUCUGCUUGCGACUACCAUUGAUGACUUACUGAUGAUCAAGAUGAAUGGUCCGGACCUAGAGGUUUUCAAUGCUGCAAAUGCAGUUAAUUUGUGGUGGAACGAUGUUGCCAGGGGGCGCAUUAGAAGACCCCACUUUAAAAACAAAGACUAGGGUGUUUUAAAAACCGAAGUAUAGUCCCAAUAUUUUUAUUGUAUAAACAAAAUGGAACAGGUAAGUGUGAUUUAUUCAUUCGCCUUUUGUAGCAAGCUUUGCAGUUUUUUUUAGUCCUUGUCACAGAACUCAUAACAAAUUCAUAGUAAUCUUGGCAAAUAAAUUAGUCUUACAGAUUACUGUAAUGAUAGUGCCACCUUCUUAUAAUUGGUUUAUGGCUUUAGCAUAAUUCAGGGCCAAAUCUAGGUUUCUUGUCACCCGGGUCAAAGACCCAGUUUGGCUGCCCGCCUCCCGGAUGUGUGUUUGCAUACAUACAUACACAUACAUGCAAACAAACAAACACACACACAAACACAUUUAUUCUUAAAGGGCAUAAAAAGUAGGCAGUAUAUCAUUUGAAUACAGUGGUACCUCGCAAGACGAAUGGCUCGCAAGACGGAAAACUCGCAAAACGAAAGGGUUUUUGGUUUUUUGAGUUGCUUCGCAAGACGAUUUUCCCUAUGGGCUUGCUUCGCAAGACGGAAACGUCUUGCAAGUUUGUUUCCUUUUUCUUAAAACCGUUAAUACAGUUGCGACUUGACUUUGAGGAGCAACUCAUAGCACGCGGUGUGGUAGCCUUUUUUGAGGUUUUUGAAGACUUUGGUGAUUUUUGAAGCUUUUCCAAAACUUUUCCGACACUGUGCUUCGCAAGACGAAAAAAACCGCAAGACGAAAAAACUCGCGGAACGAAUUAAUUACGUCUUGCGAGGCACCACUGUACAAAGGAAUCCUACGAAGCAUUAUGACUGUAUGGCCAAAGGGUCAAUGAGCAUCCCUUUCAGUAAAAGCAAAUUGCUUGUCAAAAGUAGAACUUCCAUGUGCAGCAAUUGUCUAUCUGAGGUCAGGUUUUGAAUUGGAUUUAAUUGGUCACAGGAUCAUUAAAAGUCUGCAGUUCCAUAAGAUCAGCCAAGACCCUCUGGUUUCCUUUUAAAAUACUUCCCCCCCCCCCUUUGAGGCUUUUUGCCACCCACCCUUCUUAUUGGUUCUGUGCAAACCCUUUCAAGGAGUUUUGACGUGUGAAUUUACUCCUGAGUAAGCUUCAACAAGAUUCCUUUCAAUUAUUAUUUUUUUGAUUACUCAUUUUAGGAAAUGAUGGUUUUGUGGUCAUUUUAGGUUCCAUGUAAGGUGGAAAAAAUGCUUUUACGAGUCUAAAGUAGAAGGUGCCCUUCCGUUACAAUCCUAAUGCAGCCAGACUGACCAGAGCUUGCCAGGGAACUGCCUCUGGCACGAAAAAUGCUCACACACCCCUUACUUUCCUGUGUGUAGAUCAUGUGUAGUCUGUAAAAUGACUCAACCUUUGCUAUUUAAACACAUUCAAAGUUCUGAAGGGGUCAUAGAAUUGUAGAGUUGGACGGGACCCCAAGGAUAAUCUAGUCCAAAUGAUUCUCUUCCUCAGAUUCUCGACCCUCCAUCCCUCCAGUUCUUUUUCACACAGUAGCAAAAACCCACAGGGGAUCCUAUCUUCUGCUUCACUGGGGAGAGCCAUGCUGCCCCUUCAGAUUUCCCAACUCUUCCUCUCCCUGUAAUUGAGCCUGCUUCAGCUUCAUGGGGAAAGGGGAAGGAUGGAGCUCAUGGCUGCUAUUCACUUUUCCAUCUUUCUCUCCGGCUGAAGCCCAGACAUGCUAGGAGCCUCAGUGAUGAUAAUAAUAAUAAUAAUUUAUUAUUUAUACCCCGCCCAUGUGGCUGGGUUUCCCCAGCCACUCUGGGCAUCUCCCAACAGAAUAUUAAAAGCAUGAUAAAACAUCAAACAUUAAAAACUUCCCUAAACAGGGAAUGUCAACCAAGUACAGUGGUAUCUCAGGUUACAUACGCUUCAGGUUACAGACUCCGCUAACCCAGAAAUAGUGCUUCAGGUUAAGAACUUUGCUUCAGGAUGAGAGCAGAAAUCGUGCUCCGGCGGCGCGGCAGCAGCAGGAGGCCCCAUUAGCUAAUGUGGUGCUUCAGGUUAAGAACAGUUUCAGGUUAAGAACAGACCUCCAGAACAAAUUAAGUACUUAACCCGAGGUACCACUGUACUGGAAUAAAACUUCACUGUCGUAACAGAAUAAUUUACACACUGUCAGAAUGGAAGAAUGCAUUUGCCCAUAAGAAAAUCAAAAUCUAACAGUGAUACUACGGCUCUGCACAAGUAAUAAAUAAAAUACUGUUGUCAAAUAAAGCAGUGCCACGUGCAAAUCUAGCACAAUAUUUUAUUUUAUAUCUGUACAUAUACACAUACAUGCUGGUAUUUAUAAAUAUUACUUAUGCAAAUUGCUUAUGGUUGGCUACUGUUGCCGAGGCUGAGCCCCAUUUAUGUUUGUGGUGUCCAAUUCGCAAUUGCUAUUAAAAAUGUGGUAUUAAAAAUGUGUCCCUGGUGUGAAUUGUGUUUCAUUCAUUAAGAAAGAAAGAGAUGACUGUAAUUGGUAAAAUGUGCAACUGAAUUGUUAAAUGCAUUUUAACGUUGAUGAUAUACACAAUUCAUUUUUUGUUUUGUAAUCUUGUAAAAAAAUGGCAGCUAGGCAUUCGUUGUGGCGACCGUUGUCUAUGUUUAAGGUGCCAUUUGGCAACUAGCUUAUAUACUUGGGAGAUGUUUCUAUCUAACACUAAUGACUUCCAAGUGCAAUAUAAGUACAUCCUGAUACAUUUUAUAAAGCUUUGAACAGCUCAGGGUCCGUGAGAGCUUUUCCCUGCUUCUCCUCGACACAAAUUGCUAGACGUGUGCCAUGCCGGUUCUGAUUUCAAAAGGAGCUUUGAGAAAAGUUAUUGCUACCUCUGGAAUUCAUGGGACGCGGGUGGCGCUGUGGGUUAAACCACAGAGCCUAGGACUUGCCGAUCAGAAGGUCGGUGGUUCGAAUCCCCGCGACGGGGUGAGCUCCCGUUGUUCGGUCCCUGCUCCUGCCAAGUAGAUAAAUACCGU